AUGGCCCCCAAGAGCAAGAAGAACGCCGACUCCAUCAACAGCCGUCUGGCUUUGGUGAUGAAGUCUGGAAAGGUCACCCUUGGCUACAAGUCGACCAUCAAGACCCUUCGCUCCGGCAAGGCCAAGCUGGUCAUCAUCGCUGCCAACACUCCUCCUCUCCGCAAGAGUGAGCUCGAGUACUACGCUAUGCUCGCCAAGGCCCCUGUUCACCACUUCUCUGGUAACAACAUCGAGCUUGGUACUGCUUGCGGUAAGCUCUUCCGCACCAGCACCAUGACUGUCCUCGAUGCCGGUGACUCCGACAUCCUGUCCAGCCAGGUUUCGCCACUCGUUAGUGGACGCUGCUUGGAAAUCAACGUCGGAAGUGCCUGCGCCCAAAAGCCUCCCCUUCCCUUUUGCCCUUCGACACCACCCUUUUCGACAACCUCACCGUUCGCAGGAAGUGCAGCAAGGUCACCUCCAACUCUCAAAAUGGCCCGCCGUCCCGCUCGUUGCUACCGCUACUGCAAGAACAAGCCCUACCCCAAGUCCCGGUUCAACCGUGGUGUUCCCGACCCCAAGAUCCGUAUCUUCGAUCUGGGACGUAAGAAGGCCAACGUCGAUGACUUCCCUCUCUGUGUGCACAUGGUCUCCAACGAAUAUGAGCAGCUUUCCUCUGAGGCUCUCGAAGCCGCCCGUAUCUGUGCCAACAAGUACCUCGUGAAGAUCACCGGUAAGGAAGGUUUCCACAUGCGUAUCCGUGUGCACCCCUUCCACGUCAUCCGUAUCAACAAGAUGUUGUCGUGCGCUGGUGCCGAUCGUCUUCAGACCGGUAUGCGUGGUGCCUUCGCUCUCCGCCGUUCCAUGUACAAGUUCCCUGGUCGCCAAAAGAUCGUCGUCUCCAAGAACUGGGGUUUCACCCCCGUCCGUCGCGAGGAGUACGUCAAGCUCCGCAACGAGGGCAAGCUCAAGCAGGACGGUGCCUACGUUCAGUUCCUCCGUGGCCACGGUCUCGUUGAGAACAACAUGAAGCGCUUCCCCGACGCCUACGAGUCCCAGGCUUAA